AGGUCCCGCAGAAUCUGUUAAUCACCGGUGGCAAUCCGGUCUCUUGACCGGAACAAAAUUUAUCCUUCGAUAAAAAAUUUCGAGAUUGUUCCAAUUGUCACAAGCACACUUACGGUCAUCGAGCAAACGACUUUUUUACUUCUCAAAAUAUGCACAACUUUUACAAUCGAAAAACAGUUUUGACCCAUAUAUGACGAACUUUCACAGCAGCUGCUAGUAACGCCUUCCUUUCCUUUUUUUUCGCCACUCCUCUCUCGCUCCCGCUUGCAAACAUAUGCAAGCAUUCAGUAACAUGGGACCUCUGUCACUCUCCCGGGUCCCAGUUCGCUUGACGUUUGCCUUUCUGACAAUCACACAAACAGUUGUGUGCACAUGCAAGCAUUUCAGCUUGUCAUAAUGUAGUCCUGGUAUUAAAACAAACCUUAGUGAGUGGUGUGAAGUACAAUGAGGAAUGUGCAAGUGUAAUUCCUUCAAGCAAUAAGCAGCAAUCAUACAAGGCCUUGCCGCGCAGCAGUGUGGGCGGCGAGACAGCCGAAGGAGCAUGGCCGCCGGUGACGACACCAUCACUUACCCUUCUCCACCUCCUAUACUAACUCGCAAGGAGCUCCCAGCAUGCUCACAUGGGCUCCUUACUCAGCUCGGGUCCGGCCGAUCACGUCCUGUCAUCACUGUCAACGCAGGUAUCAAGCUGGGUGGAGUGGUAUGAUGAGCGUCCGGGGUCCACAGCAAGAGGUUGGAUCUGUGUUCCUUCUGCCCUUGUUACUGCUACUACUACUCGCAAUUUCAGUUCACUAAUCUUACCUGCAGUGGUGGGUAACAACUGUGGUUGCUGGGGCACCAAUGAAGUCUACGUGCAGUACAAACCCCCUGUCAGUGGCUGGUUCCACCACAAACGGGGAUUUCUCUUUGAGCGUAGAUACACAGUUGAUACAGCUACAGCUGAGACACAGAUGCAUCAUUUUCAGCUGAGGUACAUGAAAAGAAAAGGGAACUGGCUCCUGCUAGAAAAGAAAAGAGGAUGGAAUGUUCUCAGCAAAAGCAAUCAAAACAGCACUGAACAGUUCAUAGUUUCAUGUCCAACAGGACAGUGUUCAUGCCAGACAGUAAAGGUGGAAGGAUCAUCAUGUUGGAGUAUUAAUGGACAAUAUAAUAAAUCCUAUAAGAAUAGAAAGCUUCCAGGAAAUCUCAACCGUACAAGGCCAUAUGACAGCAACAAGAGGCGUUCUCAGUGCCUGUUAGCAGAGCUCCAGCAGUGUCUUAAUAAUAAUAAAGGCAGAAAAAUAGAUGAUGGCUGUAAACAGUAUAUAAGACCCUUGAUGAACAGCACUAAAUUAAUGCAUAAAUAUGAGCACUACACAUAUCGCAAAUAUUAUUACAAUCUGAUCAAGGCUGAUGAUCAUGACUUCUGGCUGAUUGAGUCAGAGAACAAAGUGUAUGCAGUAAGCCGCAACACUGGUCCCUGCCCUGACCAGCUGAUGCCUGACUCCAAAACUUGGCUGAGGACCGACAACUUCACUGAAAACAUCACAGUCACCUGUACCACUUGGGACAACCCUUCUGUGGUGGGUAAUACUUGUGGUUGCUGGGGCACCAACCAAAUCUAUGUGCACUACAAACCCCCAGUCAGCGGAUGGUUCCACCUCUCUCAUAGACACAACUUCCUCUUUGAGCGCAUCUACACUGUCUAUGCAGCUGAGCCACAGAUGCAUCAUUUUCAGCUGAGAUACAUGGUGACAAAAAGGAACUGGCUCCUACUGGAAAAGAAAUAUGGAAAAUUGGUUUUAAUUAUCAACACCAGAAGACAAUACAAUAAAGCUGAUGAGAAAUUCAUAAUUUCUUGUCCAUCAGGUCAGUGUUCAUGCCAAAAGUUACAAGUAAGAGGAUCUUCUUGCUCAAGAAUAAAUGGCAUAUUUCAUAGAUGUGAAAGAAGCAACCUCAUAAACUUCAUUUUGAAUGGUACUGUAUCUGCAAAUCAUUCUUCAGUGCAUGUAAAGCCAAGAGAAUAUAAGAGGAGGCAUUCCCUGUGUUUGCUUAGGCAGCUUGCAGAGUGUCUCUACAUGCGCAAUCUAGGUCUGAAACCUGGCAUCAAGAGCAGCUAUCACUGUGGUAAUCACAUAAAACCCAUGAUAAAAAAGACUGACACAUAUACAUCAUACCCUGAACAAUAUAUUUAUUAUAAUUACAAGCUUCUCAAAGCUAAUGAUCAAGAUUUUUGGAUGAUUGGUAAGCAAAAAAUUGUGUAUUUAUCUAAUUGUAUUUACCUAGUUGUAACAUACAGGAAAGAGAGCUAUGCUCAUGCUCUCCUGUCUGCAUAUCUAUUCAAAUCCAAUAUUUCUUUGAACUUAUUGAUUGUCCUUGCUUGAAAGAACCUCUUAUCUAAACUGUUUCACACCUCUACACAUUUUUGUGGAAAGCUAAACUUAUUGAUGUCUCUCCUGCAGUUGUCUUUUCUUAAUUUCUUUCCAUGUCCUCUUGUGUCACUGUUGUUCCUGAUUAGUAAGUCUUCUCUAUCUAAUUUUUCCAGUGUAUUCAUUGCUCUGAACACUGUUAUUAGAUCUCCUUUUUCCCCUCUCUGUUCUAAGGUUGUAAGACUUAGUAUUUGUAGCUUUUCUUCACAUGAUUGUUCACUUAAACUUGAUUGUUCACUUAAACUUUGUUGCUGCCCUCUGUAUUCUCUAAAGUUUCCUUAUGUUUCUUUUUGUUCAGUGACCAUACUGUUGCUUCAUAUUCUAAUUUUGGGCAUAUUAGUCAUUAACAGUUUUUUAUUAUAUCUUCGUCUAUGUAAGUAAAAGCUACCAUUAUAUUUCUCAAAAGUUCAUAGGCAUUUCCUGUAAUUCUAUUUAUGUGCUUUUUUGGUGACAAGUUAUCCACACUGGUUACUCCUGGGUCUUUUUCUUCAGACUUCUUAAUUUCUUCAUUCCCAAUUGAGUACACUCCUUUUGGCUUUUCUUUUACUUAUUCAAAAUUCUAACAUGCUGCACUUUUUUUUAUUACAGUAAAUUCCAUUUCCCAUGUGAGUGACCAUUCCAGUAUUUUAUCCAGGUCUUAUUGUAGCACCUUACAAUCUUCUUUUCUAUUCACCCUCCUCAUUAAUUUAGCAUCAUCUGCGAACAGACUGAUGUAACAGUCUAUAUUUUCUGCUAUGUCGUUCACAUUUACUGCAAACACUAUUGGUGCUAAAACUCCACUUAAGACUCUUUUUUCUAGGCUGACUUUUUACCUCUUAUAAUUGUUCUCAUUUCUCUGUCUUUCAGAAGUUCUCCCUUUAGUCCUCCAUUUUUUUUCAAGUUUCCAUAGUAACCUCUUGUGUGGGAACUUGUCAAGUGCCUUUUUUAGAUCUAGGUAUAUACAGUCCACCAAGCUAUCCCUUUCUUGCACUAUGUCAACUAGUCUUGAGUAGAAGCUUAUUAAAUUUGUGACACAUGAUCUUCCUCUUCUGAAUCCAUACUAUCUAUCAGUCAACAUACCUUUCUCUUCCAGAUAUUUCAUCCAUUUCUUCUUUAUUAUCCUUUCAAAUAUUUUUGCUAUUACACUGGUCUGUAGUUUGAUGGAACCUACUUAUUUCUCCUUUCAAUAUGGGCACAAUAUGCACUCUUUUCCAACCUGUUGGUACUUUACCUUCUGUUCAAGAAUUCAUAAUGAUGUUGUGGACUUUGUCUGCUAAUUAGUUACUGCAUUUCUUUACAAUCCAGUUUGACAAUCCAUUGGGACCCGAGGCUUUCCUUACAUCUUGUUCUUCCAAUAUUUUCCUUACUUCUUCUACUGACACUUGUAUUUCAUGAACACCAUCAGUUAAUUCCACUGGGGUUUGACAUUGGAAGUUACUUUCUAUGGUGAAGGCUGACUGGAAGUAGUUGUUUAUCACUCUCGCCAUAUAUUCUGUGUCUUUGUAUUUUUCAUUAUUGUAGUUUAGUUUGCUUAUUUCUCCUUUGUUUUUCAGCUUGCCAUUUACAUAUCUGUAAAAUAAUCUUAGCUGGUCUGUACAUUUAUGAGCUAUAUCUUUGCAUACUUUAUCUGUUCCAUUCUCCGAAUCUUGACAUACUCAUUUCUAUUCUAGACGUAGUUUAACCAAUGAUUUGGUUUUCUAUUUCUUCUCCAUCUAUUCCAGGCUUUCCGUCUUUCCAUCCUUGCUAACUCACAUCUUCUGUUAAACCACUCCUUGUGUCUAAGCUUGUCUAUUUUUUUGAUUAGCACAUGUUUCAUUAUUAUUUCAUUACACUUCUCCAUUAAAAUACUCCACUUGCCUGCAGUUUUCUCCACUAUAUAUAAUUCAGUCCAGUCUGCUUAUUUAAAGUAUUUCCUUAAUUCUGCAAAGUUAGUUUUACUGUAAUUGUACCUUCUAUUUUUAUGGUCAUCAUGUGUGUAAUUCACUGUUUGAUCUGCUGCAGUCUCUGAUGAGACAGCCAGAUGUUACCCUACGGAACGAGCUCAGAGCCCAUUAUUUCCGAUCUUCGGAUAGG